AUGACUGAAACAAACAACAACACCAGUCCCCAACAUUCGCUAUCACGUCUGCCAGUUUUACAUGUUUGUAAUGAUUUCAUCAUAAUUGACAAGCUACCGGACCUCAAAAUUAAUAGCGAUGAUUCGUCAGAUGUCACUGCCGCCACCAUGCUGGCCGACAUGUUUCCUGAGAAAGUCGACAAGGCUUUAUCUUAUGGAUUUCGAUUUGUCCACAGACUCGACUAUGCAACCAGUGGUUGUUUGUGUGUGGCUCUCAACAAGCAGGCUGCAAUGAAAGCUUCAAAAUCAUUUCAACAGCGCUCUGUCACUAAACAAUAUUUGGCUUUAUUGCGUGGUCAUGUGACCAAACCUGAAAUAGAAAUAGACAUUGCAAUAGGAGAGGAUUCUACGACGGCCAACAGCAACCACAAAAUGUGUAUUAGCACAUCCCCUUUUUGCACUAAUCCUAAAAAAGCAGUCACAUCUCUAAAAUUAUUGGAAUUGGGUUACUAUGGAAAGUCAGAGCCUAUUUCAAAAGUUUUACUGACAUUAAGAACAGGUCGUAGACACCAGUUAAGAGUACACUGCCAGAGCAUCGGCCACUCAAUUUUAGGCGACUUCACUUACUCAGAUGGAACUGAUACAUCACCCAAUAGAAUGAUGUUACAUUCCUAUAAACUACAAAUACCUAACUGCAGUUUAGAUGUAUGUAGUUCAGAUCCUUUUAUAUUGGUUGAUGGGUGGUUCUUUUAG